UUUAAGAUUCUGUGAAACGAAGCGUUAUGUAUGACCCUGUAAAGACCCGUGGACAUUUUUUGAGGCCGGACAUUAAAUGACGCUGAUAUUUGGAAAUAGCCGGGGUCCGCGCGAAGGAGAGCGUACGCAAUGUUGAAGGAGCGCGUGAAAUAGAGUUUAUAUUGUCUAAUUGUCUAGCGGUGAGUGAGUGAUUGGGCUAAAACUAACACCAAGAGGAUUAGACUCCCGUUACCGUUAGACAACCUAUAUCUUAUGACUGGAGCAAUGUGAAACGCUAAUAUCGCUCAUUCCUUCAGUAUAUUGAGGAAUAAUAAUGAACAACGCGCAAGAUAUGUCUCCCGAUUUUGUCUUGAUGCGCCUGGUCUCCGCGGCCGAGGAUGACCGCUUGGAUGAGGAGAAUGGGAAUCUGUCUUCGACAGUGCAGGAGGUCUUGUCUCAUGGAGGUAUUAAGGGUAACUUUGAAUGCACACAGAAUCAAAUGGUCGGCCUUGCCCGACACGGCCACAUCUCAGCGGUGAGCAAAGCUCCGCAAGCCAACGGAACGGAGGCACCUGACACUGGAGUGAUGGCGACUAGACCGUCGCUCUCUGUACCGCCUCCCCCGCUUCAUUCAGUCGAGGCCCACGGGUACGAUCUCACGCACAUAGGCGGAAUGGGGCCUCAACUGUUAGUAUUCAGAAAUAUAUCGAGAGACUCUGCUGAAAAUAAUUUGGAUGAUCAGAGUCAAGUAGGGGCUUUUGAAAACCAAGCGGUGCUUUCCUCCGAGUCUAGCGGCAGCAUCAAUAGCAACAUGCUCAGCGCCGUGGACGCUCAGCAUCCUCAUACAUGGACGCUGCAUCCUCAGCUUAAGCUGCCGACGGUUGCUACAGAUAAGGAGGCAGCAGAGCUGUGCAACCGGCAUCGUUUGAUCACAGACAAAAAAGAUUGGCUGCCGGCAGCGGAUAAAACCAACGCUGUUUCGAUGACAGAGCCCAGCUGGAGCUGCACAACGGCGCAGAGACAGCUCCAGCUGCCCGACGGUCCUGUGUUAGAGCUGGCGCGGAAAUUCGGGGACCUGGGAGUUGCUCCGGUAAGCGAUUUUUUGCUCAAAGACGGCGAGCUACCGCACUGUUCGUGUCACAGCGUUCUCGGUUCGGCGGUAGCUGGUAUCAGGCAAGGCGACGACCCGACUGAGACCAGCGAUGCGCUGCUGGUCCUGGAGGGCCUCGGGUCUGAAGAGGUGAAUGGUCUGGGCAUCAAUACCUGUCAAAAGACUGAGUCACACAUUCCUGAACACGGAGAAAGGGACAUAGUAAACACGACGCCAGGUGCGUUUACACUCAAAUGUUUCCCGUCGGUACUGGCCGGGCAAACCAUGGGGGUCUCAGGUGGACUUUGUUGUUUGUUGCGAGACUCAGUUAACACCAGGGCUCAGGAUGAUACUACCACCGACAAACUGACGCCACAGGUCCUACCCAGCCAGGCAUCCACUCCGAAAGCCUGGCCGGAAAGAAGCGCGUCCCGAGCGCAUGGGGCAAGCGGAGGAGAGAAGACUCUGAAAGUACCAGGAAAAUCCAGGAAGGGCUCGCUUAAAAUCCGCCUGAGUAAACUUUUCAGAACUAAAAGCUGUAGUGGCUCUAACAAUCUUUUGGACAAAAGACCUUCAGUAACAUUCUCCAUUUCCUCAGCUGGCAGUUUAGUUGACAUGUCAGGAGCAAUUGGUAGGGAACAUGACUCGGGCAGCCAACCUGGACUAACAAGGGCACAGAGUGCCUUCUCUGCUGCCUCUUUUACUCCUAUAUUCACAGGAGAGACUGUGUCCUUGGUUGAUGUGGACAUAUCUCAGAGAGAGAGAAACUCCCCUCACCCUCCCACGCCUCCACCUCCUCCGCGCCGGAGCCUCAGUCUGCUAGACGAUAUAGGUGGGCCGCAGCCUGGGCCUUUCCUUGUGAGUGUAAUGGGGGCUUCCCUGCAGUCUCUCCCUCUGCCUCUUCCUCCUCCUCCCCCUCUCCACGCUACCAUCCAGCAUAGUCUCAGCCUCAAUGAUGCUUUUUUCCGGGCACUUCCACAUUCGACCCCAUCACCAAUGGAGACUCUAGCCCCUGCCAGAGUGGCCCCACCCCCGAUCAUUUGUCCACUAAGAGGGGCCGAUUCCAGCAGCUUCACUGCCAGUCUGAGAGAGCUGGAGCGGUGUGGCUGGUAUUGGGGGCCGAUGAACUGGGAGGAUGCUGAAAUGAAGCUGAGAGGAAAGCCUGAUGGCUCAUUUUUGGUUCGGGACAGUUCAGACCCACGAUACAUCCUCAGCCUCAGCUUUCGGUCACAGGGUGUCACGCAUCACACACGCAUGGAGCACUAUAGAGGAACCUUCAGUUUAUGGUGCCACCCUAAAUUUGAAGAUCGCUGUCAUUCUGUGGUUGAAUUUAUUGAGCGAGCCAUCAUGCACUCAAAAAAUGGAAAAUUCCUCUACUUCCUGCGUUCUCGAGUACCUGGACUGCCUCCGACCCCUGUGCAGCUGCUCUAUCCAGUCUCACGCUUCAGCAAUGUGAAAUCACUCCAGCAUUUGUGCCGUUUCUGCAUCCGACAACUCGUCCGCAUAGACCACAUCCAGGAGCUGCCCCUCCCCAAACCGCUUAUUGUCUACCUGAGGAAGUUCUAUUACUAUGACCCAGAGGAAGAGAUGUACCUCUCAAUCAAAGGCAUGCGCCAGGCAGCAGGUGUGGAACAGGAAGCCGAGUCUGAAACAUAGCCAGAUCGGUCCUUUUCACUGAUUUCUGUGUGUGGAUAAUAAAUGGAACAGUGCAUGGACACUUGCUGGUGCACAGCUAUGCUCCAACUCCCUGCCAGUCUUCCAGCAGAAGCCAAUGAACAUCAGCAGACUGGCACCUCCUCUUUGACCAAUACGCGUACAGAGGGAGUACAGAGGAGUGCUGGAAUACUGUCUAUGUUGAGCAGGCAAUUAAAUCCAGUGACUGAAAUGAUAGACUAUGGACUUGAAAGGUCACUGGACAGCUUACAGUGGACUUAAAAAUAAAUAAAUAAAUAAAGAACGAGGGCAUUUGCUUUGAGGUACUAGCAAAAGCCUUCACAUGUAGGAUACUUAUGGAAUAUUACACUGGAAUUUUUUAAACUGGCCAGUUUGUGGAUCCAUCUCCUCUGUUUUGUUCUUCUUUCUUUCCCCAGCAGGCCUCUGUCCCUGGACGGAGUCUGUGACCCCUUUAUUUGUCCUUUCCCUGACUGUAACUCGUUCAGUCUGAUAAGGCUACUUGAACUGUAUUUUGAGUAAAAGACAAAGUAAA